GAGGCGGCUGCCGCGCUGCGCGACGGCCACGCCGACGCGAUCGAUGACAACGGCGGCAGCGACAGCGGCUGCGACAUCGAGUCGGGCAGCGGCUUCGACAUCGGCUCCGAGAUUUCCUCGGACCUCAGCGGCGACGAGGCGCUGAAGCCAGACGGCGACCUCGACGAGGACGGCUUCGCAGCGCUGCUUCCAGCAGCCCGAUUCGACGAGAUGGUGGACUGA